UAAACUCGACGAUCGACCCAGUGAGUUACUGGCAUCCAUGAUUCUCUGUGUCACGAUCCUGAUGGUAACCUUUCUAUUGAAUUUUCAACAAACAUCGCAGCGUCCUACUAAUCGAUCACACCGCGCUGCCAGUCAUAGUAGGCACCCAAGGCGGCCUUGGGUGCCCAUGAUUGACAUUAUCAUGGUCAGGUGUAGCGAUGGGUUCUCCAUGGUGUUGCUAUACAGUAUGAAGAGCCCGUCGCUGCACCUGUCUCGUUGUUGGGCGCAGCGGGUAUUAAUCGCCCAGGACUCGCCUGACGUUUCUGUUGCAUUGUUUUGUUAUCGCUGAUUUCAGUCCUCAGUCUCCGGCUGGGCACAAAAUUCCAUAUUUUA